CGUCGUGAUUUUUAUUUUUAUAAUAUUUUACCUACGUGACUUUACCGAAAAAAACAAAAAGUAGUGUUUGGAUUAUUUUCCUGCUAUACGAGAAGCCACUUUGUUGAGUUCUCAUUUGUGGCUUGGUCGCCUCUGAACAAUAAGUUAAUACCUGUGGGCAUUACCUGGUAAGAUAAAAAAAUUAGUUUAAGUUGUAUCUGUUUAUCUUUAAGCGAUUUGUUUACCUUUCCAAUACUGUGCAGUGUGCACACCUAUUGUGUUUUUGUAUCGUUUGUUGUUGGGAUGUUCUGACCGCCCCUACCGGACGUCUGUGAAAAAGAGCUUUAUAGCUCACCGGAUUCCCCCUCCAGUCAUACAUAAAUAUUCCCAUUCCAAUCCCUUCCCCUCCACUUCCUCGAUUUGUUAAUUUUUUGUCGACGUGUAAGACCGCGUGCUCGGAGGAGCGGGCGCCAGCGCACGUUGCCACGUGACCCCCCCCCCCUCCCCGGCGCGUGUUGCCACGUGACCUCUCCCCCACUCCGCGCGCGGGACAUCACGUGAUCGCUUGUCGCGUUUGCGCAUGCGCGCGGCGGGACCCGGCACACACGUGGCGUGUCGGCGGCGAUGGAUUCUGGCGGCAACGCAGCUACGGCUUUGUGCCGUGAAAGUGAUCUAGAAGGCAUGGUACAACACGUCCUCUCAAACCUGGAGCAGGCGGAGGAGUUGCAACGGGCAAUUGUUGCAAGACUCUGCAAUAUCCUGCAGCCUGUGAUGGACGAAGUUUCUCUGCCAAUGAAGGAACUUUUCCGCUUCAGGCAACAGUAUCCUGCGAUAAUUCAGAAUUUGCAGAGAAGCUCUGAAAUAUUCAAGCAGAUUUUGAAGUGGCUUGAUGGACAAACGGAAGGAAGUGGUGCAUCCAACCCUGUGAAAAAGAAACAUAAAGCAUUCCUUAAGACUGCAAAUCAGUGCAAUGAACAUUCAAAUGUUUUGAUCGAGAGCAAUUUGUCUUCAGAUAGCAUAGAGUGUACAGUUUCUGAUUAUUGCGAGACCUGGGAUGAUAAUGUAGUAAUUUGCAAGACAAUUUCAUCAAAAGACAAAUAUGAUAUUUGUCCUCAAAGUUAUGUUGAAAACAGUGAUGCAAAUUAUGGUGAAAGAGGCUUUGCGACAGGCUCAUCCUCAAGGGAAAUGGUGUUCAAUGAUGAGAAUGGCUCUAUGGAAUUUCAGAGUAUUUCAGGAUUGGAGUCCUGCAAACGAAAUGCAGUUCAACACGACAGCAGUGAUCGGUACACAAGUGAAAUUGUAAAGCAUCAAAGCAUCGAAAGCAACAUUGACAGCAGUGUCACGAGCGAAUGUUUUGACAAUGCUGCGGCCAGCAUGGAGAAAUUGCAUCUGGACAGGCCAGGUGUUCUCUGGGAAGAAAGGUCAUUGCUUUCCAACACUCAACACAGAGCAGAAAUCCAACCUCUUUUCCUAAAGGAUGGGUUCGAGAUGGAGGUCACGGUGUGCUACCUCGUGAACCCGUCCUUCUUCUACAUCCAGCCCUGUGCAUCCCAACUCCACCAGAUGAUGGAAGCCUUCAAUUGGGAAAUCCAGCAGAAUGAACACCUUGGAGGGGGCAUCUACCCAUGUGUUGGGUUGUACGUUUUGGCAAAAUACUCCGAAGAUGACUAUUGGUACAGGGCUCGCAUCAUGAACGUGACUGACAUGCACAACGUCUCUGUGUUGGAUAUACACCCGCUGAAUUUGGAGCAGCUGAUGGUGCAUGUGCUGUUUGUCGACUACGGGAAUCGUGAUCGUUUGCCAGUGUCGAGGAUUCGCCACCUCAAGUCCGAGUUCUGCCAGCUGCCACAGCAAUCCAUCCGUGUGUCUCUAGCCUACGUGUCUCCAGUCGAAGAGGUGAUGUGGACAAAGUCACAGAUAACCUGGUUUGCCGAGCAAGUGAAAAAUAAGACCUUUCAUGCUCUCCUCCAUCUCAGCGAAGGACGUACCUCUGUCGAACUCUAUAAUGCGCCCAAGGUGAACGGGAAGUACAAGCAUGGAACGAGCAUAUCUGACGUGAUGCUUUGCGAUGGAAUGGCAAGCAGAAACGGCCUGCAUGGAUCAUCAGGUCUCCCUCAGUGUCAUCCAACGAGGACGAAAGUCAGCCAUACUUUUAUUAAGUAUCUGAAUCACUUGCAGCAAAGCAGCAGAAAUAGUUUCAUGAAGGAAAAAUGCCGCCGUACCAUCUUCUCUGAAAAGGAUGAAGGGCAAGUGCCUGCAGGGAUCCCUUGCCAAAAUGACUUAGAAGUGGAGAUAAAAGCUAAGCAUUUAUUGAUGGCAUUGAAAGACGAGGACAGGAACAACCAUUACAUGCCUGUCAGUGACCCAGAUGCCACUAAAGCAGUGAGAAAAUCACACAACUUGGAGGACAGCGAUCCGCUGACAGGGAACAAGCCUGGCGGUUCUUCUGAAGUACCUAAUAUCAAAAGAGGUCAUCAUUUUAAUGCAGAGAGGCAAGCGUCGCAGGAUAACGCAGAUGUUGCAAAUUGUUACAAUUUUCCUGCUUUCAAUGGCAAUUUCAAAUGCGUGGAAAGCACAAGGCCUGCCCCGGUUGGCUUGGAUUCUGAAUUCAGUUUCAAAGAUCCAUGCAGUCCUCGUGACAGCCACUUGGAAAGAGGUGUUGCUGAUGAGCACGAGCUAGCUCAAGAUCGCAAGUCUACGGCCAAAGAAUUUGGGUUGCAAUCGUCAGAAAGUUGUAUGCAAGUCCAACAGCAGAGUUCAGGAAGAGUGGUCACUAUGGAUAUACAUAAAAGUAGCAUCGACGGUAUUUGUCAAGGUGGUCAACAUCAAGCGGAGUCUGCAACGGACACCUCUCCGAGGUCACUGAGCAAUCCCAAAAGAAUGGAUUCCGAGGACACCACCAGGCUUUCAGAAGAUAUCGAUGAUAAAGUUGCAGUAGAACUUGAUCAGUUUCUUAAACAGUACACUGGAGGCAAAGAGCCGUCUGCGGCGGCACGUGCAGGUCGUGACACUUCUGUGUAUCCAGAAGUGGAGCUUGUUUCUCCCUCACAGGAAUACUUCUUGUGCGCCUUAAUCUGUGUAGUCUCGCCAAGAGAAUUUUACGUGCACAUAAAAAAUGGCUGGGCUUCUGGUAUGGAGCAGAUGUUUAAAGAUCUUCAGCAAACCUACAGCACUUCAACAGAAAACCUGGAAUUGGGUGGUGCGACGGAGGAUCUUAUUGGGAAAAGUUGCUGCGUGUGCAUUUCCCCAGGGCAGUGCUGGUUCCGAGGCCUGGUCACCAUGAUCAACCUGCAGAAUGAGUACUCCCCAGAGCAGGUGCAGGUGCUACUGGUGGAUGUCGGUCAAGCGGAUUGGUUCUCACGGUUUGAAGUGAAAAUACUUCUUCCGAAAUUUGAGAAAUAUCCAGCUUUUGCUCAGAGAUGCUCGAUGUUCAACAUCCAACCCACAGAACAAAAUGACAGUGGCAGGAAGUGGUCCCAAGAAGCUCUCUACCACUUUGCCCAACUUACGAGCAACAAAAAAAGCUUCAUGGGAAAAAUCUGCAACAGAAAUGCUUCAACAGGACUUGACGUUGUGCUGCUGGAAAGGUCAGAAACCAAAUUCAUCAAUGUGAAUGAGUUGAUGGUUUUCUCAGGGUAUGCUACAUACAUUGUACCACCAACCACGGGGAACUCAAGCAACUCCUUAGAAACCUGGUCAAACACAAGCUUUUCAAGAGGUUUGUCAAAAUAUAACACGUGCAACAGUCACCGAAAUCUUGGAGAAGUGAGGAGCAAGGGUGCAACAUUGGAUAAAAAGCCAACCGAAGGAAUCCAAAAGGUGCCUGACAAAAGUGGCACGGUAAUGAAGCAUAGGAGAAGUGUCUCACCUCACACUUCACACUCUGGUGCAGAGAGGAGCAUGGAGGGUUUGUCAAAAACAGUCACAGAAUCGGAGAGGGCCUUGGUCUCCCACUUCAAUACGGAAGGAGCGGUGCAAGCGGGCGACGAGCACGCGGGAGACGCGGACGACUGCCGCGCACUGGACAUUUGGGAUCCACGCGCCCAGGAUUUCCUCUCGAAAAGGAACAGCUAUGCCGUGUCGCCAGAUGACCCUGGUGUGGCGAUGACGAGCCACGCAGCCUCCUCCAGCCGCGAACUCUGUCGAAUGUGGCAGCGUGGGGUGUGCCCGUUUGGGGUUGCCUGCCGCUUCUUGCAUUGCUCGCCGAUGGCACGCGAUGCGCUGAUGGAAGGUACAGUGAAGGUUUACUGCAAACCCUUCAAUGUGCAGCUGCCCCAAGAAGGAUCUGUGGUGUCCCUUUGCAUCACUAAUAUCCAGGACUUGUGUCACUUUUGGGCUUGCUUAACCCCUGAAAAAGUGUCCCACAACACAACGAUGGUCACAAACGAGCACAGCAAAGGCGCAGUGGAUGCUGUGGUCACACACCAGUAUGAUCUAGACACGUACAAAGAGAUGAUAGCCGACCUGCAGGAGCAUUACAGCAAGUAUAGCUUCCACGAGGCCACCACGACACUGCCAGCGUUGGGCGAGCUGGUGGUGGUGCGCCUGAACUCCAAUAACCAGUUCUAUCGCGCUCGCAUGUGUGAACUUCACCCAGCGCCCUUUCAGGUCAAGGUGUUCCUCGUGGACAAGGGCAGGAUGGAGUGCGUCCUCGAGUCGCAGGUCCACGCGAUGAAGCCCGAGUUCCUUCACGUGCCUUUCCAGGCCCUCGAAUGUAACUUGCACGGUGUUGCUCUGACUCACGAAGGGACAAGCGAUAUAGCGAAGUCAAUCUUCAGGGAAAUGGUGCUUGACAGAGUACUGGUUGCCCGCGUAGAAAGCGUGUCACCCCUGCACGUCGUGUUCGUCACUGCAAACGUCGAGCGUGACGGCCGCAAACAGGAGCUCAACUGCUGGCUGGUGCAGCAGGGCUGGUGUCAGAAGGUGUCCUGGGCUAGUGAGCGGCAGGUGGCAAUGACGUCACCUAGGGCCACGUUGGACUAUCAAUGGCUUCCAGGCUAGCUAACCUCCCCGAGUCAUCAGUCAAGUCCUGCGCAGGUCUCUAACUUUUAGACCUGUCCCCCGACCCCACCCCCGCUACUGCCUCACUCAACCCGACCCCGCAACCUUCUCAACAUCACUGUCUUAUUUGCAACCCGACCCGCUUUAAUUAGAUCCCCCGAUUUGACCCAACCUGGGUCCACUUGUUAUGUAUGUUGAACUUAUUUCGCACUGUAUGUAGCCAGCUGUGCUAAUCGGAGGUGCAGUUACACCCCCGACCCAUCCCGUUUUCAUUAGACAUACGACCCUAACCUGCAAGCAUCUCAAUUUGUUUAAAUUAGGAUAAGUUUUCAUAGAGUUAAAAUACUGGAUUUUAUUGAAUUAAAUCUAAAUUUUCCAGAAUUUGUAUGAAAUCUAAAUGCAAAGUAUGAAAAACAUUUAACCACAUGGCGCACAUACUUUACGAGUAGUACAUCAUGUCUGUUAGGUGUAUGUCUCUCGAUGUGUCUCUAGGGGAGAGGUAGCGCUGUGCUACGAGCGCGGUCUGUCAUGCAGGGGUCGUUUUCCGGGACCUGUGCUGUGGUGCAGCAGACUCGUGAAUGUGUCCAUCAGUGGAUUAUGUUCAUCUGUAACCGUGUAUAGUGUAGCUGUGAAGCGUACUGCGCUACAAGCCCGGCAACUCGGGUUCGAUUCAUAGCCAAGACCAGUGAUGAUUAUUUGAACCUUGUCAUGGUCCUCCCCUAGGUCGACUCGGCGUCAAAUGAGUAUCUGGGACUGUGUAAUUGCCAUGCCACGAGAGAGACAAAGGCGGCCGGGCUUGGUGUUGGCCACCCACCCCCUUGUGCACCGUGCCGACCUUCGUAGGUGCUCUUUAACAGCACUUUCCAUGAGUCUGGUAAAGGCUACAUGGGGAAACUUCGUCUUAUGUGCGUGUAUCGAAGGUUCUUGCCAGCUACAAGAGCUUUCGCCACAUCACAUGACCUCAAAGUGCAUCUCACGUGGCACAAGCGCUGUGAUGUCACCAGUUUUUUCCCCCCCUUCGAAAUAUUUAUGUCAUGAAUAAGGUACAGCAAUCCCUCACCAACCGUGCGAGUUCGGUUCAGUCAGACGUGUCAUGGCUGAACUAAGUUGCCUGUUCACAACACUUAAUACAGUACAUUACACAAUAACAUAAAUACACAUUACGUUCGCUUUACAUACCUUUAAUAUUGAGGGUAGAAAUCCAUGGUUAUGAUGUUAAUGACGAGAUUAUGGGGGAAGGGGUGUUUAGAAGAAGGAGAGGCUCAGCCCAUUCUCUUCCUCCGGGUUAUCAAUGACAGAUGAGUGGACAGGCACAGUGGGUGCUGCUGCCUGUAUUGGUGGUUGCUGGCUUUGAAAAAAAAG